UGGCGUCCAGCAGCUUGAGGGCCUGUCAGCCGUGGAGGUACGAGUCCGGGACAGCAGCAUUUGCUGCCACCACAGAAACAACCCAGCGUGCCCAAGGCGCAAAACUUCAAGUUCAACUGGAGGAGAGGAAGCCGAAAACUGGAAUAUUGAUGCUGAACAUGGGGGGACCUGAAACCCUCGGCGACGUUCACGAUUUCCUUCUCAGGCUCUUCUUGGACCGAGACCUCAUGACCCUUCCUGUCCAGAAAAAGUGUUUCUCAGGUUGCUCAGGUGAACUGAAAUUCACUUCUCUCCUUGUGAACUGAUUUUAGUAAACUGGCGCCCUUCAUCGCCAAACGCCGAACCCCCAAGAUUCAAGAGCAGUACCGCAGGAUUGGAGGCGGAUCCCCCAUCAAGAUGUGGACUUGCAAGCAGGGAGAAGGCAUGGUGAAGCUGCUGGACAAGUUGUCCCCCAACACAGCCCCUCACAAGUACUAUAUUGGAUUUCGGUACGUCCACCCGCUAACAGAAGAAGCAAUCGACGAGAUGGAGAGAGAUGGCCUGGAGAGGGCAAUUGCUUUCACUCAGUAUCCACAGUACAGUUGCUCCACCACAGGCAGCAGCUUAAACGCCAUCUACAGAUACUACAGUGGCGUGGGGCGGAAGCCCACGAUGAAGUGGAGCACGAUCGACAGGUGGCCCACUCAUCGCCUCCUCAUCCAGUGUUUCGCAGAACACAUUCUGAAAGAACUGGACCAUUUUCCACCCGAGAAGAGAAGCGAGGUGGUCAUUCUGUUUUCUGCUCACUCACUGCCCAUGUCUGUGGUCAACAGAGGGGACCCCUAUCCUCAGGAGGUGGGCGCCACUGUCCAGAAAGUCAUGGAGAGGCUGGGUUUUUGCAACCCCUACCGGCUGGUGUGGCAGUCCAAGGUCGGCCCGAUGCCCUGGCUGGGUCCGCAAACAGACGAAUCUAUCAAAGGGCUUUGUGAGAGAGGGAGGAAGAAUAUCCUCUUGGUUCCAGUCGCGUUUACCAGUGAUCACAUUGAAACGCUGUACGAACUGGACAUUGAGUAUUCUCAGGUUUUAGCCAAUGAGUGUGGAGUUGAAAACAUCAGAAGAGCAGAGUCUCUUAAUGGAAAUCCAUUGUUCUCUAAGGCGCUGGCUGACUUGGUGUGCUCACAUAUCCAGUCAAAUGAGCUGUGCUCCAAGCAGUUGACACUGAGUUGUCCGCUCUGUGUGAAUCCCAUCUGCAGGAAGACUAAAUCCUUCUUCACCAGCCAACAGCUGUGACCCUGCCCGAGGACCCUGUGGGAUUAGGCAAAUGCCCGAUCUCCAGAUACCACGGCUGUGGAAGGGGCGUUAUUUAGAGGUCAGGGAAGGACAUCACCUUAGGAGAUGCACAGCCUUUGGGCACAAGUCGUGUGGUUUCUUGAAAAUUGGACUCUAUUGAAAGAUUUCUAUUUUUAUAUAACCAUGCCGUAAGCAUUUAUAUUUCCUCUCUCUGGGUAAAGUUACUAGUUUGGACUGUCUGCUAGGACAUUAAAAAAAUGAGUUUAAAAAUUUAUGAGAUGCACACCUGUUUUGAAAUACAGAUUUUGGUUUUAUGGCCCCAAACCUCCUGAAAGGGCAGAGAGUGGGCUGUCAGUGCGAAUGACAUCUGCUUACAGUCUUGCAUAUAGUUGCAGUUUUUAAAAAAUGAACAUAGUUGAGUAUUUGAAAUGGAUUGGAAAAAGAAAUGUGCCCUAAUCUUUCCCUAAGCCCAUGGGUCAGAAAAUACCUAUGAGGCGGUAGGGUUCCCUACAAUGGCUGCUUUUGCCAGCGGGGCCGCCAUUCGUUGGUCAUUUUGGUGUUUGUGUGUGAGUUUCACUUUCUUCACUGUAAAACCGAAUCAAGUACAGAUUUCAGAAGUGCUCUGAGAUUUCCCCAGGCACCCAAGGCUAAUAAAUGUGUGGCAAUCCAGUGCUUGUCGUAUGUGCCUUGGCGGGAGUCCAUGGUGCCACAGGGCUGGGGCUCCCGGUGCUUCCUGUCUCCAAGGACAGCGCUGCUGGGAAAUGCUGAUGAUGGGCUUCGCCUUAAAGCCCCCUCCUGGACCCUUGAGAGCCUUUCCACCCAGUGUCUUCAUUUUGGUUGAAUGUCUCCUUUCUGCACAUUUGCUUUAAGAAUUAUUGUACAAGGUCAACCAUACUUUGUAUCCUUGAGUCCUUUGUUAACUUACAAUUUUUAUUAUAAAAAUUGUAUUGCCGUACAAUAGGGCAUUUGAAAAAUACAAAAAAAGAAAAGAAACCACUGUAAUGCAAUAACUAUUAUAUUAUUGAUCUUAUGCCAGUGUUUUCCUGUGGAUAUUUUUAAUGCUAUUGCCACCUUGAAUUUGUGAAUGAAAAGUUGUUCUAAAAAUGUAGAAAUAAUGUCCGAUCAGAAUCUGAUAUUUGACAUUUAGAUUGAACUAGAUUAAAAGAUGCCUGAUGGAUCCAUGAAGAAUUUGUAAUGAUCAGUUUCUCUUUCCUCCAGGCCCUAAAACUUUGUUCUUCAAAAGAGCGUUUCUUUGAUUUUUUUUUUAAAAAGCCAGUUUGUAAAGUAGAAGUAUUAGGGGUUUCACAGAUCUUCUAUAUUCAGAGUUCUAUGUUAAUAUGUAUUAUGAGAUCAUUAAGGUUUUAAGCAGUUUGAUCUAUGCUGUAUGUUAAAUCAAAGCUGAUCAAAAUUCAUCAAGGUUAUCAAAUAUGAGGAACUGACUUUGUAAUACAGAAAGAAACAUGCCAUCUGCUGGAGUUAAUAGUCUUCCUACACUGGUAAUGGCCCUCACAUUUGUAGGGCAUCUACAUUUUUAAAAUUUCAAAUUGGCUUCUCUCUUGGUAGGUUACAUCUCUAGAAAAAGAUACAAGGCAUAGAUAGUUGUUUAGAGUUUUCCUCUAUCCUUUUUCAUCUUUUUUGAGCACUAAGUUCAAAGUAGACUUUAAGUGACUGUCCCAUGUAAAGUGAAUUCUCUGGGUCAGUGAUAUGAUGCCGGAAGGCAGGCUCUCCCUCAGCAAACUUGUUCAGUGUCUGCUUCAGUUCUUCACCAGCUUUAGAGGUGAAAACGUAAUAUUAGGGAGAUGUUGCAGACAACUCCAAUCAGGAGUUCACUAAGGAGACUUCCAAAUCAACGGAGCCUGUGCUGUCUGGAAUAACAUCCUUGACACCAGACUGGCCUUUGUAAGAAGCGAAAUGGGGUUUAUCGAGAUCACUGCCCAUGGCGUUUGUUGCUCUAAGAAGUUUGUUACCUUUGACUUGGGUAAUAGACUCAUCGUUAAAAGCCCUGUAAAUGUGUACUGGGGCAUGUUGGUGCUGACUACAUACUAAAAAUCCAUGACUUUGUAAUACCUCAGAAUAUACAUCCUUGCUCAGGUAAGCCUGUGAGCAGAAUUGUAACAUUUCUUUAGGAUUUUGACACAUUUUUCUUUAUGGCUGAUAUUAGACAAUCAUGAUUAUGUAGGUAUGAAGAGAAAGAGGGAUUUUCUGCUCCAAGUUGCUCAAGCUAAGCCUGUCAGAAGGUAUGUUAUAUCAACAAUUGUCAAGUAAGAUUAGGUCAUGGAUACUUUCAGCCAAUCUUUCUUUCUCUUUUCUUCUUGAUUUCGUUUUGGGGAAAAUACACUGAUGUGGUGGGAUAGAUCGCUUAGAAUAAAGUCACUGCAUUUGUUUCCUUCA